GCAUGGAUGAAGGGGCUCAUUAUACAUUGCCCAAGGAAAGAAUGCAGCUAUAUGGGGGCGCUAUAUAUCACCUGGGUAAGUGGUACAUUAUGCCCUGUGUUUGGUGUGUGCGGUGGGUAUAUGGUGGGUAUGCGGUGUGUGCGGUAGGUACAAUGGUUGGUGUGUGCGGUAAGUCAGGGUCCCCGUGGCUGAGUGAGUGCAGUGUAGGAAGUGAUGUGGUGCUGGUGGGAGGAGGCACUCAGUGAGUUCCCGUUUUGGCGCCAGGCGCUAGGUGUCGCUGUUCCCCGCUCGGUGCGGCUCUCAGCUCGCGGACAGGCUGGCGCGUGGGGACUGUGCUUGGCGGCCGCGAGCCUGGGCGCGUCUCCGCCGAUCGUGAGUGUCCCGGAGCCCGGUGGUCACGUGUGUCGGGAUUCCUCGCGGGAGGGCAGACGGUUAGGAACCUCCUCCUCCCCCCUCUCCCCGGUACCCCCCCUCCCCCUCCUCCUCACAGCCGGACACAGAGCGCGCGGCCGCCGGAUACAUGCUGGGGGACCCUCGCACUCCUCCUCAGGUGAGAGCCCGGGGUGGGGGGCCCGGCAUGGGGGGAACACUCAGCCCCCCCCCCUGCUCCCAGGUCACGCCCAGCCCGGGAGUGAAAGUUAUUCCGGGCAGUCAGGACCCCCGGCCCGGCUCAGGUACCGCACUGCCCCCGGCCGCCCACGUGUGUCCCGGGCUAGGCCGGCCCCGGUACCGCCACAUGCGGCCUCCCUCUCUCCCCCCUCACAGUGUGCGGCCUGGGCGGUAGGCCUCAGUGUGGGAUCCUCCCAGCCAGCGGCCCCGGACAGCCUCCCACCACCACCCCCCGGACCUGGGAUCCUCCCUCCCCCAAUAUUACCCCAAAUAAUUCACCUUUACCGGGGAGCCCUGAGGGCACAGCAUCCCCGCCAUCAAAAACCGGGGACAGCCGGCCCCAUCAAACUGUGCCCGGGUUACUAGCAGUGUGUGGCCCCUGAGGCAGGGUUUUCACAGUGUGUGGCUCGGUGUGUGGUGUGGCCCUAGGGCUGUGUGGCCCCUGGGAGCGGUGUUUUGUGUGUGGCCCUGGGGCGGUGUUUUGGCAGUGUGUGGCCCCUGGGGCGGUGUUUUGGCGGUGUGUGGCCCAGUGUGUGGCCCUGGGGCGGUGUUUUCAGUGUGUGGCCCUGGGAGCGGUGUUUUGGCAGUGUGUGGCCCCUGAGAGCGGUGUUUUGGCAGUGUGUGGCCCCUGAGAGCGGUGUUUUGGCAGUGUGUGGCCCCUGAGAGCGGUGUUUUGGCAGUGUGUGGCCCCUGGGAGCGGUGUUUUGGCAGUGUGUGGCCCCUGAGAGCGGUGUUUUUGUCUCGGGAUGUUCCAGGCUCACAGUCUGCUUUCUCUCCCAUAGAGGCCGCUAGAGUACUGUGACCGGAGGAGAGCGCCGCCGCCAGCAUGGAGUUCCCUACCCAGCAAAAAGCCGCGGAUGGCAAGAUCAUCUACCCUCCCGGGGUGAAGGAGAUCACCGAUAAAAUCACCAACGACGAGGUGGUGAAACGGCUGAAGGUGAGUCCUAAUGUGCAGCUGGGGAGGCAGUAAUCACUGGGCUGCUCUCCUGCUCCCCCAUGGGCUUCCUCAGACAGCUGUUUGGCUGCUCCUCCUUUGCUCAGUAAUGAUACGUGUUUUAAUGCUAGAUAAAGAGCUGUUUUGAGGUUCAUGGCAAACGUGUAUAUUUAGUUGGUGUUGGGAAAACUUGCUCAUUAAGGUUUUCAUUACAAAAUAAUCUGUUUGGAAGAGGUUAUGUCUUGAAAUUGCUGUUUUGUCCUUGGCACACUACUUCUGUUUUUGAUUGCUUUAGUCAUCACACUGAAACUGAUAAAUGUUUUGCCUAUGUACUCCAGGCUGCCCAAACCACUCCAAUGGGCAGAAGUGGUCUGGGUGCCAGCUCCCACCACCCUUUAACCCUGCAAGUGUAAUUAUUGCAGUUUUUAUAAACCUCAAUGAUUACCUUGCACAGUUAAGUCCCCUUCUAGUGGCUGUCUAUCUUAGAACACGAAAAGUGUUUUAAACUACGCAGGGCGUCCUCACGUUAUGCAUGAGGACCUCCAGAGUUGCCGAAAUCCCCAUAGGAAAGCACUGAAUAAUGCUUUCCUAUUGGGAGGUCUAAUGCAUGCAUGGCCCUUGCAGCGCAUGCGCAUUAGGUCUCCCCCAGUGGGGGAGGAGCCUGACCCAGUGCCGAGGGACAUCGGCGCUGGAUUCAGGUAAGUCACUGAAGAGGUUUUAACCCCUUCACCAACAUGGGAUGGAGGGUGGGAGGGAGAGGGGCACUGCAGGGUCCUGCAGUGCCAGGAAAACGGAUGUGUUUUCCUGGCACUGGACUGGAGUAUCCCUUUAAUUAUAUUUGUACAAGCUAUGGCCAGGAUACCUUUGAUCUAAGGAGAGAUGUGACUACCAUUCUGUGGUAAAGAAGGGAUUAUUUCCUCGUUUGUUGCAAAAUUGUUUUUUUUAUGUUGUCUUUUGGAUAUUUGGCAAAACAGAUGCGAGUUUGAUCGAUGCAAUUUUUUUUUUAUUUUUUUUCAUCCUGUAUAACUAUGUAAGUUCAUUACUAUGGAUGUGGAAUUGUUUUUUUGUUUUUUACUUGCAUUAUGUAGCUGCAUUUGGGGAUAAAUAUGGUCAGUAAUCUAAAUUGGCGAAUAUUUCACACUUCAGAAGAGCAACAGUUUAAUUUUGUAAACCAAGCAAAUGGUGUAUUGUCAUUUAGCUAGUUUAUUACAAUUCACAUAGUAUGAUUCUUUUAGAUUUCAUUCUUCUCUACAUAAAUGCUUUCUUCUUUGAACUUGUUUGCCACUUUUAAUAUAGGCUGAGAAUCAGUCAGUGUAUGUGUAUAUGUAUGAGCCAGUUAAAAUCCACUAAUUGAGUGCAUGUUUCUGUUGUUACUGGUCUUCAAUGUAGGAUAAGUUUUGUAGUUUGUGGUGCUAGAGUCAUUUGACACAAAAGUAGUGGAAAGCAUUUCAAACUUCCUCUCCAGUACAUAGUUUUCUCAGCAUAAAUAAAAAUUUGAGAAAUUUUACCUAUGUUGGAUUAUCUUGUAAAAACCUAAAAUGCUACAAGCCUACAUAUAUGAGAAUCUUGUAUUUGAUUUUUGUGGAAUAUACAUUUUUUGAGGGGUGUUUUGCAAUUUAUGUGCCAAAUAGUAAUUUGUGUUAAACACGAUUUCUUUAAAGGUAUGCUUUAUAAGGACACAAUAGUCACCAAAACAACUGUAGCUAAAUACUUUAUUAUUAAUGAAGCUGAUUUGGUGUACAGAUCAUGCUCCUGCAGUCUCACUGCUCAAUUCUCUUCCAUUUAGUAGUUAAAUCACUUUUGUUUCUGCUUAUGCAGCACUAGCCACACAUCUGUGCAUGUGACUUACACAGCCUUCCUUAACACAUUCUGUAAAUUCAUCUAACGUUUACACUUCCAUUAUUGCAAAUUCUGUUUAAUUUAGAAUUUUUCUCCUGCUCUGUUAAUAGCUUGCAAAACCUUGCAGUAGCCUCCUGUGUAUUAUUAAAGUUCAAUUUUCAGAGCAGAAGAUACAAUUUUUUAUUAAAGGGACACUAUAGUCACCAAAACAACUAUAGCUUAUUGAAUUUGUUCUGGUGAGUAGAAUAGCUCCCUUCAGGCUUUUUGCUGUAAACACUGUCUUUUCAGAGAAAAUGCAGUGUUUACAUUAAAGCCUAGUGAUUUCACUGGCCACUCCUCAGAUAGCUGUUAGAGAUCCUUCCUGGGUCAUAACCUCGGAUACGGCUAAGGUGCUGGUCCAUGCUCUUGUUCUCUCUCGCCUUGACUACUGCAGUACCCUUCUCAGUGGUCUUACGUAUUCCCAGAUUGCAACGCUGCAAUCUUUAGUGAAUGUGGCGGCAAGGCUCAUUUUCCUGUCCGCUUACGCCUCUGUCAGUCCCUGCAUUGGCUUCCAGUUAGAUAUAGGGCUCAAUUUUAAAAUUCUGGUGCUUGCUUACAAGUCCCUACAUAAUGCUGCUCCAACCUACCUAUCCUCCCUAAUACACAAGUAUGUCCCAUUGAGGCCCCUAUGCUCUGCCAAAAACCUACGUAUAUCCUCUGUCCGUACGCCCACCUCUAAUGCUCACUUCAUUAAGCUAAAGUUGUUUUGGUGACAAUAGUGUCCCUUUACGUGUACUAGUAUGAAAGAGUUCACAAUAUCUAAAUGAAGUAUGUAUUGCAGGUAUCUUAACCCUGCAAUGUAAUUAUUGCAGUUUCCCAAUUGCAGGGUUAAGGGCACAGGGACUCUGCUCCCAGACCACUUCAAUGAGCUGAAGUGGUGUGGGUGCCUCUAGUGUCCCUUUAAAUACUGGGUUUGCCCAAUGUUUAUCGUUAUAUUCACGCUAAUAUUGUUUGCGACACAAAAGGGAUGUAGGAGAAAAUAGAUUUUCAUACAGUAUUUAGAUAUCUGCCCGCAAGCAAUACACUGGAAUUUUCAGAUGGUUGUGUUCAUUCUGCAUGCUAGUAACUGCCUGGAGUGAGGCUAUCUAAACAUGUUUAUGACACGGUCAAUAAUUCAAAUUGUGUUCAUAGCUGGAUUUGAAAGAAACAAAACACUUCUUACUUCCCUCUUUCUAACUGUUUUUGUUUUUAUUUUGACUAGGGAAGCAUAUUGGCUGUCUUUUUAUGACCUAAUUAUGCAGUAGCCAAUACUUGCAUCAUAUUGCUAUUCUAUACCUGAUCAUGAGCUAAUAUUGUGGUAGCGUUGCACUUGCAUCAUACUGUUUUUCCUAGUGUGAAAUGGCUUAGAGUGAUGCUGCCUCACGUCCUCUUCAGUGAAUGAGGUACUACAAUGAGUUUUGCAUCCUUUUUGCCACCUAUGAACCAGCUAACUUCUAUGUGUGCCUGUAGCAAACAUAUUUCCUGCUCUGGAGAGCAUCAGUUGUGGCUGUGCACAUGCACCGUUGGUAUACCGCAGCAGAUUGCUGUACACAGCCCUCUUUACAAAAUGUAUGAUCCAAGCUGCGGAUAGGCUAAUCAGAGCUAUGGUAAGACUAUCAGCUUAUUGAACAGUCUGCAUUACUGCUGGGCUAGGUUUUACAUGCCAAUAUAACUACCACAAUGGAAGCUAUUUUAAUUUACUUUGAAAUCUUAUUUUGUGAUGUAUGUGUUAUUUAGUAAAAACAAAUUAGAUCACUUUCAGCAUAUUGGGCAACUUGUUUUUUCUGCAUUAAGGUGUUGUUGCAUUGUUUAUAGUCUUGUUGCCCUACUUUGAUUAUUUAUUUUUAGAAAGUGGAGUUUCUGAGACUGGACACUGGUUAAGGGUUCUCAAGUCAUUUUGAAAGUGACACUUUUAUUAAUUUUUUUAGGUGGAUCAGUGUGGUGUGUGUGUGUGUGUUGCUUAUUACUUUGAAAAGUUGGCCUUGUGUUUUAACUUUAUUAUAAACUUCAUAUGGAGUGUCCCUUUUAAGUAGCAUUGGUACUUUGCUUUAUUAUGAAUAUUCUAAGAUUCCUGUUUUUAUUUAUUUUUUUUCUUGUAUAAUUUUCUUUUAAUUAACCACAGACCUUAGAAAACAUUGUACAGUACUGCCCUAUCUGUUGGCUCUUGGGCCCGUAGUGCUCUGGUGCUGUCCCUUAAACCGUCUUUGAAGUCAGUUUGGUAAAUUAUCUGAAUCCCACUGGGCACACAUUUCUGCAGCUCUUGCUUCGGGGAUUACUCUACAGGAGAAUCCAUUUAGAUGUGCAGGGCCGUGGCCAUUGUCAGAGAGCGUCACCUUGGUAUUCUCAGCCAUUCUUGACUUAGGACUUGACACAUUUGCUUAGACUCUAGGAGCCAGGUUUUUUUUUUUUUUUUUUGGUAAUAAAGCUUUAUUUCCAACUACAAAAAUACAAUUCUUAAAGGAAGACUGUAGUCAGCUAGUAAUUAACAAAAAAUAGGCUCUGUUUUUUCAUGCUUAUUGAAUUUAACAAGAACCAUCAUAUAAGUCAGGGCUUGACAAAUUUGCUUCAAUUCUAGGAACCAGCAAAAAAAGUUAGGAGCUAGGUUUUUCAAUGUCAAAAAUAGAAUUCUUAAAGGGACAAUAUAGUCACCAGAACCACUACAGCUUAAUGUAGUUGUUCUCGUGUCUAUAACCUGUCCCUCCACACUUUUCAAUGUAAACCCUGCCUUUUCAGAGAAAAAGGCAGUAUUUACAUUGUUGCCUUGUAAUGCUUCUAUUGAAAGUCACUCAGUGUUCCCCAUAGAGAUGCAUUCAUUCAAUUUAUCUCAAUGAGGAGAUGCUGAUUGGUGCAGCAUGGUGUUUUGCCACAAAUAAGCAAUGGCUUCCCAAUGCUUUCCUAUCCAAGAUUGAUGAUCGCAGUCAUGGAGGCAUGGCCAGCUACGGCAAGACCAGCACAGCAUGGGGGAAAAAAGGUGAAUCAAAACCCAUUACCCAUGUGAUUGGAGUGGGACCGGUCACCUAAACUGACACACGGUCACUGACACAUACACAUGCUCACUCGCUCAGUGACAUACACACACUCGUUCAGUGACACACGCUCACUCGCUCACUGACACAUAUUAAGGUGACCACCCAGCAUCCCUACCUGGAGCUGGAGUGGUUCGGCUUCCCCUGGGGUCCAGUGUGGCUUCAGUCAUCUUCCUGCUCCACUCCAUAGAGUGCUGUUUAGUGAUGCCGGGGCCGGAAUGACUUCAUAUUCCGGCUCCCGGCAUCACUGGAGGACGCACAAGGGAGCUGAGCAGGGAGGAAGGUUACAACUCCCUUGCGCGCCUGCCGGUCUGCUUCAAUCAUCCAGGAGCCUCCCGCUCGUGCACACACCUCACGUUCUCCACCAGCUGGCCGGCCGACCACCCGCAAAUGCUCUCCCUUUAGCCGGAUGGCCGCCUGCCUCCACUCAUAGGCAGCUGACCACCUCAGGGGCUGAGUAGGCUAACAAAUCCCAGACGCCAAGUUUAAAAUCCUAGUCGCCGUGGUGACCUGGCGCAUGGGAUUUGUUGAGCCCUGAUAUGUUAUGUCUGGGCCAACUGCCCAAAUUCAUUGUUUAUUGUAAUACCAGUGUUGUUUCAGUGGAGCACACAUUGACAUUAAUUACAAUGUUAUUUAUAAAAAAUAGUGUAAAGGGGUGCAACAUGAAAAUGGGAAGUGUCAAAUGCAGUGUAUUGGCUGGUUUCUAUGGUGACUAGCCAAUUUGCGGUACAUUAGUCCAAUUUUUAGAAAUGUUCUUCUAAACUCGCCUUCUAUCGGGACAUUUCACGCCAUACCACUUUAUGGAGGCAAUCAUUCUGGUGGAGAAAGGCUGCAACGACCUACCCUCACCUUUCAGAGGUACCUUCGCUGCUCUGGGAUUCGGGGUUACUGGCGGGUCUAUCCCGACAGUGAAUCUGUGGACUGAAUUACACUAUUUGUGCUGGGAAUAGAAGCUUUGACAUCUAGCGACCUACCACCAAGAACAGCACUCUUGUUUAGCAUUUAUCAUAUGUGUGCUCCCUAUACGUUUGUUUGGUUUUACUGUUUUAACCCCUUAAGGACACAGCUUUAAAGGGACACUAUAGUCAUCCAGACCACUUCAGCUCAAUGAAGUGGUGUGGGUGCCAGGUCCCCCAGGUUUUAACACUUCACGUGUAAACAUAGCAGUUUCAGAGAAACUGCUAUGUUUACAUUGCAGUGAUAAUCCAGCCUCUAGUGGCUGUCUUCUUGACAGCCGCUAUAGGCACUUCUGCGACGCUGGAAUGCGAAAAUCUAAUUCAACGUGCAGAACGUCCAUAGGAAAGCAUUGAAUUCUUCCUGUCUGCUGUAUUCAAAAUAGGGACUAUUUGUCUUAUGGAGGUUUCCUACACUUGACCAGCCUAGGAGCAAAGUGUGCUUCAUUUCUGGUCAGGCAAUUUCCCCACAAUUCUCACCUUUCCUCCGUGAUGUUGCGAUGCUUCCUGUCAGUAUUCCCGAACAUCCUGUCAUUUAGACAGAACGCCAACGAAACUACCGAAUUUUGUCCUAACAGAAUGAGAACAGUUUGUUCAUUUGUUAGGAUGCAUUCGGGACUUUGUUCGUAUCGGAAUUUCACUCAUAUGAAUCAAACUCCGAUCCUAUGUGUGCCCUGAAUGAAAAUGGUGGGGGGAGAGAGACCUGUUCCCGGCCCCCACCCAUCAGCAGCGGGUGGGGGCCCUAAAUGAAAAUACAGUAUAGCGAGUAGGGGAAGAAUUUACUAAUACUAAGUAAUCUUUACUUGGUAUUGGUAAAUUUGGCUGAAAGACAAAUUUAGGUCUUUUAGCCUUUUGGUAGAUAGCUCCCUGAUACUGUGGGAAUUAGGGAGUUAUCUACUAAGCGGCUGCAAGAUGCAGCUGCGCCACAAAUAGGAUCGUAGUUUCAUUCCUAUGAAUGAAAUUCCGAUACGAACGAAGGCCCGAAUUGCGUCCUAACAUGAAUGGAGAAACUGUUCUCAUUCUGUUAGGACGAAAUGUAGGAGUUUCGUGAUAGGAUGUUUGGGAAUAGUGACAGGAAGCAUCGCGAGAUCACAGAGGAAAAAUAAGAAUUGUGGGAAAAUUUCUCUAACAGGAAACAGAGCACACUUUGUUCCUCUACUGGUCAAGCGUAGGAAACCUCCAUAAGACAAAGUAGAUAAUUUUUUUUCACUUGGCUUUUUGUGGUCAUGAACGUGCCUUGUACUUUUAGAAUUAAAGUACCAAUGGUUGACAGUCUUUGCAGGAUCAAACUCCUUCACAGAUGGACAAUUCAUGUUGAUCAUUAACAAAUCACCUAAACUUUCUUACUGCAUUGAUGAUCUGAACUUAUUUUUUACAAAGUUCAUUAAAUUGAACCCUCUUUCACAACAUGCGCUUGAGACUUGCUACACAGACACUAUAGACAGCAAGUUUCCCAAAACUGGAACUCUGUCUGUGUUGGAGAGUGCCAAAUCCAGAAGAUCACUCAGUUUCUUCCCUUUGCCAAGGACUUUAAAUUCAUACCACUCAUUGUGAAUUGUAUGCAUACAUUUGUCAUGCAUUUCAGGCAGUGAAAGUUGUUUCUGGAAAUGAUGAGCCAAUGCUAUAAUGUCAUCAACCCCAUAGUCUUGUGAUGCUGCUCCCGAUGGCCCGGCAAAGGUAUCAAACACUGCUGUGGAACGUUCAAUAUUCCACGGAGUCAGAAAUCGCUCUUCCAGGUAUUUAACACCAUGCUCAAUCAAUUUUUUUCAUGUUGGAUCGAAGAAGUUGCAGUAUGGCUGAAUCUAUGCAACUGUAUUUUUUUGAUACAGUCCUUUAAGUGAUGUUCCACUGAUAAAUCUCUCCUCAUGCUGUUUUGGCACAUCUUUGAGUGAGUUUAACGAUGAAAGUGUUUUUUUCACAUGCAACUCAAUUGUGCUUAAGAAAACCUCUUCCCUUUGAAAUAAAAGGGAACAUUUCUUAAUUUCAAGGCAGUCAAUCAGAAAAUGGAGCAAAUGAACAAAUUUAAAAUCGGCUAGUUUCUCUAACAAACCAUGUGGAACUGCAGAAGCACUGUCUUGUUCUGCAGCAACACUUUCAAGGUGGACUGUCACAUAUUUCCAGUAAUUGACAAGUGCAGAGAGAGCACUGACUUUGCUUGAUACCCAUCUUAUGUUAUGUAAGAACUGAAAUUUCAGGAUUUUUGUCUGAAAACUAUCCGCCACCUGCUUCAACUGCCGCAUUCUCUUGGGUGAAUACUGGUAAAAUCGGUACAGGUUCUUUAAAACAGAGUCGAGGUCAUCAAUGCACUUUCCGUCUUUCACAGAGCUUAAUACACUUAGUCAUUCACUGUGUUGCACACAGAUUAAAUUUAUUACAUGUGUGACUUUGCCGUACUUUCUGUACCAGUCCAUUUUCAGAUCCAAUCAUGCUGGCAGCACCAUCUGUACCAAGUCCAAUCAGCUUGCUUGAAGAAAGCCAGUCUAAGAGGCUGUGUGUUAUCAGGUGUUUAGUGAUGGUUUCUAAGUACCGAUCUGCAGUAGCCAUUUCAAGAGGUAGGACUGAUAGAAAUACUUCUUUAAUCUUCUUGUUCUUGGCGUACCUGACAUACAAUAUUAACUCUUCGACGCCUCCUUUAUCAGUUGAUCCAUCUAGCAUCAAACUGACAUAUUUCGCCUUCUUUAGCUCGCAGAUGAGUUCUUUCCUCGUUACAUUUGCAAUAUGUGAGAUUAAUUACUUGCAUCUCUUGUCAUUUGCAUACUCCUCUCACAGCAAUCCCUAGUUUCCCAGUCAGCUCUAGCAAACCAUCAAAAGCUGUAUAUGGCCUGUUGUUUUUUUCAAUAUAAUAAGCCGUUCAUGUGGUUGAAUAUCCCUUGAUCCAUUUCCUUAAAGCAUGCAGCCAAUGGCGUAGCUUCUGGAGCCAACAGAGCAUGUUUUGCCUUUACACAUUUUUCAUGCUGGAGAGACUUCCCAUGUUUUUUGAAGGUCUCCAGUUUCAAUGGUCCUGAAAACCCUUUCACACACUUAAAUGCUUGGUCAGCAAUCCCAGGGAAGGAAGCACAGAUCUCACAUAUGGCUAUUGGUCAAAUUUUAGCCAGGUGAGUUCCUUGCACCAAUUUAGCCACGUGAGUUCCUUGCCCGGCAGCUAGCUGUUACCUUCCCUUCAGUUCCCAUGUCAAAUCUCGUGAGUCCCGCGGCCUCACAGCGGUGCCACGUAUUACCACGGCAAUGCUGCGCUCGGCACACAGACCGCGAGAGUUAGACUGGGAAACUGCCUGGAGGUAACAGCUUGCUGCUGCCCACCCCACCCCACCCUUCCCCCACUGUACAGCACAUGCCACUGGACCACCAGGGAAUGCCAUAGCCCCCCUCCGUGGCCAGGCAAAAAGAAGGGAGGGGGGACAAAAAAAAAAAAAUAUAUUGCAGAUAAAAAAUAAAACCUAUGAAUAUUAAAAAUACAAUUAGAAAAAAAAAAUGCCUCCCCCCCCAUUUUACACAAAUUACAUCCCUUCACACACACGCAUUAUAUACACAAACUAUCUAUACAAACACACACACUAUAUACACAAACUAUACACACACACACACACACACACACACACAAUGCACAAACUAUACAAACACACACUAUAUACACAAACUGUGAAUAUAGUGUUUGUAUAGUUUGUGUAUAUAGUGUGUGUUUGUAUAGUUUGUGAAUAUAGUGUGUGUGUUUGUAUAAACUAUACAAACACACACACACACUAUAUACACAAACUAUACAAACACACACACACUAUGCACAAACUAUACAAACACACACACACACACUAUAUACACAAACUAUACAAACACACACACUAUAUACACAAUCUACACAAACACACACACACUAUAUACACAAACUAUACACACACUAUAUACACAAACUAUACACACACACACUAUAUACACAAACUAUACAAACACACACACUAUAUACACAAACUAUACAAACACACACACUAUAUACACAAACUAUACAAACACACACACUAUAUACACAAACUAUACAAACACACACACUAUAUACACAAACUAUACAAACACACACUAUAUACACAAACUAUACAAACACACACACACUAUAUACACAAACUAUACAAACACACACACACUAUAUACACAAUCUAUACAAACACACACUAUAUGGCGCCACCGGGCCGACAGGCAGCCACGAGAUUCAGCUCCAGACCCGAGCACAUGAAAGUGGCCAAAAAUGCAGGUUCAGAGCGCCCCAACGCCGACAUACUCACAAGCAUGGUGGAGAGCAUAACCCCAGCUACUGUGGGAUACCCGCGGGUCCCCAACGGCAAUCCGGGAAGGGGAGAUACCGACAUCCCCGGCCUACACGCUGCUGGGAGCCUAGAUGCAGGUAGCAUGAGAGUGGGACCGAUGAAGCGGGGAUACCCUAUUGUGGAUGCCCGCAGCGUGAGACUGAGAGUGCACUUACAGUGCUUACCGGCGGUGCGGCCCCGCUCCCCCCCCCCUUUUUGGCCGGCGGGGGUUAUCCCGGCCGCAUGGCGACGGCCCUCCAGACGACGGGAGCCCCGUGCUGGAUCUCAACCGUUCGCCCACACUGGCACAGGCUGUCAGGAGAACAGCCCGCCAGGAGACCUGAGCAGAUGGAGAUAGAAACAGAGGCGGAGAAGAUUGGUAGUGAACAGGGGGACAUCCACCGCUUACACCUCUGGCCCAGCAUAUACCACGGGCCUACUUCCUCGCAGACGCUGACACCAGCAAGCAGGAUCAAGGAGGCAGCAGAUCUCAACAGAGGGGUCCUGCCCUCGCCUCCUUUUCCAGGACUAGCUAAAAUGCACCUUUGAAUGACCAAAGAUGGAGUAAGAAUGAUAAAUACUCACCAAGAGGAGCGGAUCAGGACGGCUCGUGAGGACUUUGGCACUACAGACCGCCAGCUGGGUCCCCCGCACUGACUGCCCGCUGGAGAGGUGGGUGCCCUUGCUACUGGGUCGGGGGUCCCCGGAAAGCAUUGUCCCUGAUGCUGAGAGCCCUGUGGGGCAGGUCUUCGCAGUCCGUCCGGCGGACCGGUGGCCGGGAGGAAUGUGAGCCGGUCCCAAGUAUGUGGCCGGCACCGGGAGAGACAUGGGGGCACUCGUUUCACUGAGUUCUGGGUGGUGAUGGGGAGGUGCAGGGAGUGGACUGCCCGCGGACUCAAGGUGUGGGGGUCAAGUGGACAGCUUCUACUCCUGAGUGCCCACAGCGCCACGGGGGGCUCUGACAGUGGGCGGGAGCCGGUCUGGGGAGGGCGGCUGGAGGCUUGGCGACCUAAGAGACGUACUGCAGCUCUGCCGAGUGAGGCCCUCAUCAGACUUCUUCCAAGACCAGUAUUAGUCUCUUAAUGUCAUCAUUUUUAUAUUUUAUGCACCCAUCUUUAUUGCAUACAUAGUUUAUAAUUUACUAGGCGCUGAUACAACGCCAAUAGCUGCGACCGCACACUGCCUGACCAAAAUAUCAUAUCUGCUAUGAGUGCUUAAAACAACAAUACGCAGCUAUGACAAUGCGUUAGACAGCACUACUAUAUACCUUUUGUUAGCUUGCUAGUUACACAGGUUUAGGCCUACCUAGACGCAGUUGAAUUAAGUACCAAACUGAUACACCCAAGGUGCUGCGGUAUACCUUGGUAACCAUACUAGCUUACCAAGGGACAGCGGCAUAUCUUCUCUACAUAUACGAUUAAUCCAGCAGCACACUUUAUUUUCUGCCCAGAUAGGCAUAAUUUAAAUAAGUGGUAACAUACAGAGAUUGCAGCAGACCAACAGGCUCAGGCCUGGCUAGACGCGGUCAAACUGCACCCACCUCAGUUUUAUUAAAUCGACUUACGCGGUCUGACCGUCAUGUCACGCUAGCAGUGUCGGCCUCAUGCAGCUGCGUGGGAUCAUGCUCAGCCACCGCGGGAGCCGAAUAGGUGCAUAAGACGCAUAAACCGCUGUUAUAAGGUAAAUGACCACGAAGCUUAACAUUCAAGUGAAGUCAGCCUGGUGUGUAGCAUUGGCUCAGUACUUGCAGUUUAGAAUCAAUACCAUUAAAUACACGUAACAUAUGCUUAUAUACUUAAAUUUUUUCGCCCUACCAGGCACAGACUGUGCGAAUUUGUUCCAUAUUAUGCUUGAUGGUAAAUGCCUCUGAUAUACGUUAAAUAUGAUUUGCUUACCUCCCCUGCGUGGGAUGACCGCUGAUCCAACAUUACAACUCUCACAACAUGAGCCAAACUGUUAGGCCAGAGGGUAAAAGUAAUUCAAGUUCACCAUACUGCUGUAUACUUUACCUGAAUAUUUAGAUAAUGUUUCAUAUUAGCAGAUAAUCCAUAGAAUCAAUACCGUUAAAUACACGUAACAUAUGCUUAUAUACCUAAACUUUUCCGCCCUACCAGGCACCGACUGUUUGAAUUUGAUUCAUACUAUGCUUGAUGGUAAAUGCCUCUGACAUCUGUUAGAUAAGAUUUGCUCACCUCCCCUGCGUGGGAUGGCCGCUUAUCCAACAUCGCAACUCUCACAACAUGUGCCAAACUAUUAGGCCAGAGGGCAAGAGUAAUUCAAGCUCAACAUACUGCUGUAUACUUUAUUUGAAUAUUUAGAUAAUGCCUCAUGUUAGCAGAUAAUUCAUAGAAUCAAUAUCGUUAAAUAUACGUAACAUAUGCUUAUAUACUUAAACUUUUCCGCCCUACCAGGCACCGACUGUUUUGAAUUUGAUCCAUACUAUGCUUGAUGGUUAAUGCCUUUGACAUAUGUUAACUAUGAUUUGCUUACCUCCCCUGCGUGGGAUGACCGCUUAUUGAAUGAACCAAUAAAACAGAUUUAAAACAAACACACACUAUAUACACAAACUAUACACACACACUAUAUACACAAACUAUACACACACACACUAUAUACACAAACUAUACAACACACACACUAUAUACACAAACUAUACACACACACACUAUAUUCACAAACUAUACACACACACACUAUAUACACAAACUAUACACACACACACUAUAUACACAAACUAUACACACACACUAUAUACACAAACUAUACACACACACACACACUAUAUACACAAACUAUACACACACACACUAUAUACACAAACUAUACACACACACACACACACACACUAUACACACACACACACACACUAUACACACACACACACACACUAUACACACACACACACACACUAUACACACACAGUGCAUUCAUUAUAUACACAAACUACACAAAACACUCACUGCAUUCACUAUACACACUACACACACACACAGCUUCCCUGUCUAAACACACUGUCUAAACACACUGCAUCCACUACAUGUGGCAUGUAUAUUUUGUGCAUUUACCGUUAGAAAUUAUUAUUUUUUUAAAUGGUAAAUGUACAGAAUAUCGGUAAGCUAUCGGCCUGAAAGUUCACAGAUUAUCGGUAUCGGCUCUAAAAAAUCAAUAUCGGUCGAUCCCUAAUCAUUCAAAUAUAUUGUCAAAUUUUAAGUAGCUAAUCCCCUUUUAUAUGGAAAUUACUUGGCUGAGAUCAUCAGAAUUGACAAUUUUAGCCAAUCUGAUGCUUUCCUAUAGAAAAACUUCUGAUGUCAGCCAAGGAGGCAGGUCAGGGGCAGAGCCAGCACCAGUAGACUGGAAUAAAGGUAAGAUUGAACUAUAUUUUGACUAGAUAGUGGUUUAAAAACCAUAGGGUCAGGAAAAAAAUUGUGUUCCUGACCUUAUGGUGUUUAAGAUAUUUUCAGUAACUCAUAUGUUCUUAAAAUUCCCAUCUUGCUUUGAAAAUGUGAUUCCUAGAAAAGUUCCAAUAUGAACCAAGGCAGAAUAAAUGCUCAUUUGAUAUGUACAAUAGCGCAGCUAUGAUGUCCAGCGUCAAAUAAGGAAGCUCUCUAAUGGCUGGCUGGUAGACUGCCACAGUAGGCAGACUUAAAGCUGCAAUGUAAAAAAUUUAAAAAUCUGCAGAAGUAGCUGCUCUAAAAAACCCUGUCGUCAAGAAGGCUGAGACCUCUUGUAUACGAUCUUUCCAGACUGCUGGGUUUCGGUAUGGGUCUUUUCUGGCAGGUGCCGCGGUGUCCCAAAAACAUAUAACUUUGUUUACAAUCGUUAAUGGAGGUUUUUUUUAAGUCUCCUGAUAAGCAGCUCGUCAGCUUUCUGUUUUAUUGUGAUUGUCACAUACUUUAUAUGGAUUUGACGAUGACAGCCAAGAUCAUGGGUUGAUCUGCAGUUUCCCUUAUAUCCUGGUGGCUUAAGCUUGGACGGCAGUACAGCGUCCUAUUCGGUCCCCUGUUUACUCCGAUUAGGAAAAGGGAUAUCUUUUAUAAUGUCAAAAAAGGAAAAAAAGCUCUGCCUCAAGACAAGUAGAACUAGGUCCGACAUGGGUAGGCGUUUUGGAUGCCAAGAAACUUGGAGGCGUAAUCCUGCAUUUCUAUACUAAGUGUGGACAGCUCAGUGGGUUUAGACCUUGUUCAACCCUUGGGGUUCGCAGGUUUUUCCCCUGCAGGGCUAACUCAGUACUUCAUCCUUUUGAGGUAGAUGGCUGGAGUACCAUUUAAAGGAACACUAUAGUCACCUAAAUUACUUUAGCUAAAUAAAGCAGUUUUAGUGUAUAGAUCAUUCCCCUGCAAUUUCACUGCUCAAUUCACUGACAUUUAGGAGUUAAAUCACUUUGUUUCUGUUUAUGCAGCCCUAGCCACACCACCUCUGGCUAUGAUUGGCAGAGCCUGCAUGGAAAAAAAAUCUGGGUUCACUUUAAAACAGAUGCAAUUUACCUUAAAUAAUUGUAUCUCAAUCUCUAAAUUGAACUUUUAAUCACAUACAGGAGGGUCUUGCUGGGUCUAGCAAUCUAUUAACAUAGCAGGGGAUAAACAAAUCUUAAUUAAACAGAACUUGCAAUAAAGAAAGCUUAAAUAGGGCUCUCUUUACAGGAAGUGUUUAUGGAAGGCUGUGCAAGUCACAUGCAGGGAGGUGUGACUAGGGUUCAUAAACAAAGGGAUUAAACUCCUAAAUGGCAGAGGAUUGAGCAGUGAGGCCGCAGGGGCAUGUUCUAUACACCAAAACGGCUUAGUUAAGCUAAAGUUGUUCAGGUGACUAUAGUGUCCCUUUAAUGGAGUCACUUAACAUACCCAGGUUGCAUUUUGGAACCAGUAUAUAUCUGAAUGUUUCUUGACUGGCUUUUAAGUAGAACCUACUUGCAAUCACUGGUUUCUUGAUCUAGUUAAAGAGGGCACUGCUGAUGGACGCCAAGUUUUUUCCGACAAGUCUGUCCUUUCAACAUAUAGAAGGAGUCAUUUUCACCACAGAAUGCAUCUAAAACACUUGUCUAAAUUCUCUAAUGUGCCAGCGUUCUUCGUCUUAAGAAAAAUAGUCCACUAGUUUCAGAGCUCUUAAGGCAGUUCUUCACUCCCCUCACCGAUUCAGAUCUUCGUUGAUUGAGGGACCUAUUGCAAUGUGGUCAGACAACGACAACAGACAGGGUGGUGCCAGAGGCAAGGUCUGUUUCAGCUAUGUACCAAAACGGUGUACUGGGCUCAGGAUCUCUGGGAAGUCCUCUCUCCAUUCAACUCAUGAUGUGUCGACAAUGUCAUCACCUACAACCUCAGCAAAAGAAAUUGGGAUAAAGAGUAAUGGUCUAUAGAUCUGAUCAUGUUCACGGUCUACAGAGAGAUUUGGAGUGCCCGGAAAGACCUUAUGGCAAAGAGGGAGAACCUGAAGAUUCUCAGGUUUGCCUCUCUGUACAGGACAGUUCACGUUGAAUAGUUAGUCUAUCUAUCUAAGAGUAUUUCUCCGGGCUUACAUUUUUUUUUCUCCUAUAGACUGCUCCCAGGACUACUUCAAAGAGGUGAACAGACAGAGCAGUGGUUCUGCCAGUCUUUUCGUACUGGCCAAACACAAGCCAGUUUUCAGCCUUGGUGGAGAUGGCUUUCAAGUUUGGAGAUCUUCCGAUCUCUAAAACACUUUGGGAAGACAGGAUAUCCUGCUGGAAGUGUUGAAUAGGUUCUUAUUGAUGGUAGAGCAACUGCUUGGUGGAUCUUUCAUCUCUUGAGUCUUCAUGAGUCAGAGUCCACUUGUUGCGUAUAAUCUUCUAGUCGUUCUGCCUCUAACUUUACACAAAGAUUUGGGUAGAGUUUCUACAUUUUUGUAAGGAACGUCAUUGUCUUCUAGUUCAUUUGUCCGGGUGGUUACACUUUCUGCAGGAGAUUUCCACAGGUUGGGUGUUUUCAUGUUAAGAACAAAUUGUAUUCUGUAAGCUUUCUGAGAAGGGAUUGGUCUUCGUAGUUAUUGGUUAGAAGUUUCUUUAAAUCAAAAGGCUUCGUAGGCCAACCAGGAAGUUCUGUUUCCCUCCUUGGAUCUUUCUUCAGUCUUUCAGGUCCCCUUUUACUUUGGAGGUGGUUCCUUUUAAUAUGCUAAAGCUUAACCAGCAUUCUUAGUUGCCAUUCCUCUACCAAGAGAGUAAGCAAGCUUCAGUGGAAUUUCUUAUAUUCUAUCAAGGUGAAAGUUGUGUUUCAUCUUAACACUUCAAUUCUUCCAGAGUUAUCUUUUAGAGCCGUAAUUGGCUCAGCCUUCUAUAAUUAUGCCACCUGCCCGCUGGAACUAGAUGGCAUAUUCAAAGGGCAUUUCAGAUGUACCUAUUCAUAUCAGCUGAAUUCAGAAGAUCAGACCACCUGUUGUCAACCUCUAAGGAAUUUUAAGAGGAAUGUAGCCUCUCAUAAUUCUAUUUCUUGUUAUUUCGUUCGUCAUAAUGGCCUUUGCUUCAGUAGUUUUGAUUCGCCAGCGUCUUUCACAGCUCAUUCCACAAAGGCAAUGGCCACUUCGUGGGCAGAGAAAAGCUCCUGCUUCACCCGAAGAAAUCAGCAUGGCUGCUUCUUGGACACCUUUUAGCACCUUAAAAAAACGUCAGGCAUUUUCAGGCUAGAUGUACUCUGACUCUAAAAUUGCGUUAGGGUGUAGGUAAUAGAAAGCUGUUUAGGCAUAAGGCCCACCCGAUUGGGAAUCUUUCUUGCUAUAUCCCAUACGUAAUUUAUUAUUUUCUUAAUAUUGUGGCAGUACAAAUCUCCCUCCCUCUAAAUUACAAUUUUGCUUACAGUGUGUGGCUUAGGUGUUUGUUCUUGCUAUGACUGAGGUGGGUUUGCCGGGGGAAGCCCUUUAUAGGUUAAAGGGGAGGGACUUUUUUCCUCACAAUUUACAAGUGGCCAAUAAAUGUUUUCAUUUAAAAAAAAACACUGUAAAAUUAAAACACACUAUAUAUAUAAAUCAAUAAUGUAUACUUUGAUAUGAAAAAGAAAAGCAUCCUAAAUAACUGCUUAUGUCAUUAAUUUCAUCAAUGCCAAAAGUUCUUUAUUUUUCAUCUCCUAAUUACCUUGAUUACCUAUUUCCAGUCAUCUCCACUAGUCACCAACCCCUCCCCUAAGGAGUGAGAGCAGCCAGCGGGGAGGAUAAAAAUGGCAAUCACCACCUACAAUAAUUAUUCCCUUCCCUGAAAUAAAAGGGGAAGGAUGGCAAGGGGAGCAUUCCCCACCUACAGUGAGGAAAGAAGAGGGGAAAAAAGGGUAUAAUUUCUCUCCCUCUCCCCGUUGAAUCAGCGCUUUUUCCACCACCGUUGUUACAAAACCUCCCCUUGGGUCGAAAUUAUAGUACCCAAACAAUUCCUAUUAUUUGAACUAUUCUAAAACUUUUCUCAAGAUUCCAAUCUCUUUGUGUUCUUCCCUUAUUGUCCCCCUGUAAAUUAAGUUUUCUAUUUUUUUUUUUUUUUAUAUAUUAUUAAUUUUACCAUACCAUUCUUUAACUGUGGAUUUUUUUUUUAUCUGUUUCCAAUGAAGUGGGAUAAGUUCUUUUGCUGCAAUUAUUAAGAUUCCCAAAGAAAUCCUUGCCCCAUGAAAUUGGGGGUCCACUACCACCUUUAAAAUAUUUUCUACCUUUUUCCAGAAAGAUUGAAUUUUCGGGCAUAGCCACCAUAAAUGUAGCAGGUCUCCCACUGAAUUUGAACAGUCAGUGUUUUUUUGAGAGUACUGGGAAAUACCUAUGCAUAUCGGCGGAGGUUCUAUACCAUCUAGAUAUAAUUUUAUAUCCGAGCUCUUGAUAUUUAUUUGCUAUAAAACAGUUUUUAUUUAACUUAAAAAUUCUACUUCAGUCCUGACGGGAUAUGGUAAUUCCCAGGUCUUUUUCCCAUAACCUUGUAAAAUAUGGGAGAUUUCCCCGUCUUUUCCCAUAAUAAUUUAGAUAUUAAAUGUGGUAUACGUUCCUUCGUCUCACUUAAUAACCCAAAACUAUUAAAAUUAUGCGGGAUCUCGUGUUUCUUCCUAAGUGACUGGUAAAAAUGAUGCAAUUGUAAAUAAGCAAAUGGUGUCCUCACAAAUUUUUAUUUAUUGGAUUUGAUUUUUCCUCCCGGGUGGAAAGUCUGGAUUGUGAGAGAUGGGGAAGAGGAGACUUGGGAAUUUACUAAUAGCGAUUCAUUGAUUCAGUUCAUCUAUGAGGAGGUAUAUGUACGGUUUUCUGAUGUAUCUAAUAACCUGAUUAAAGUCUCCUGCACCGAUAACGAUCUCUUCUUGAAACUGCCUGAGUUUGGUUUGAUUGCUUUGUAUUUGGGGCAAUGAAAUUAGGGAUCGACCAAUAUUGAUUUUUUUAAGAUGCCGGGAAUCUGUGAACUUUCAGGCCGAUAGCUUACCAAUAUUCUGUACAUUUACCAUAUAUUUUUAUUGGUUGCAAAUGUUCAGAUUUUUUUUUUGUUUUUUUUUGUGAUCAAUGCACAAAAUAUACAUGCCAAUCAGAUAUUUUUGUUUUUCAAGAAUAUUUGUGUGUGUGUGUGUGUGUGUAGUGGAUGCAGUGAGAGUAUUUGAUUAGUAAAUGCAGUGUGUGUUUGUGUAGUGGAUGCAGUGUGUGUGUUUGUGUCGUGUACACAGUGUGGGUAGUGGAUUCAGUGUGUUGGUGUGUAAAUAAGUGUGGUAGGAACCCACCCCUUACAUGUAUCCUAGUGCGCCCCCCAUUCCCCUUAAUGUUCUUCUCGCUUCUUUUAGUGGUCCCCUCCCCACCCCAGUGGUCCUUUUCCCUUCCCUCCCCUGUACCUUGGUGUCCUCCUUUAAUGUUCCUCUCUCUCCCCUAGUGUUCUUCACUCCCUCCCCGUCCCAUAUUGUUCUUCACCCCCCUUCCCUGUCCCAUAGUGUUCUUCACUCCCUUCCCUGUCCCAUAGUGUUCUUCACUCCCUUCCCUGUCCCAUAUUGCUCUUAACCCCCCUUCCCUGUCCCAUAUUGCUCUUCACCCCCCCCCCUUCCCUGUCCCAUAGUGUUCUUCACCCCCUUCCUGUCCAUAGUGUUCUUCACCCCGUCCCAUUGUUCUUCACCCCUUCCCUGUCCCAUAGUGUUCUUCACCCCCCUCCCUUUCACAUAGUGUCUUUGUGCCCACCUCCUGCCGGUCACUCCGAUCUAGCGCCCCCAGUCCAGUGCGCCCUAAGGCAGCAGCUUGUGCCCUCUUAUUGACGUGCCGGCCCACCCAUUCAUUAUCGGUAUCGCUUAUUGGUUCUUAAUUCAGCCAUAAAUCUAUAGAAAGACAUUUUUCCAAGCCUUCUUGGCAUACCUUGUGGGAGUGUGUGCCUUAGCUAGCCCCUAGCUCUGGUGUCCAAGCUUUUUAUAUUUCUCUCUUUCCACCAGUCACUCUUUUUUUUCUCUCCCUUUCCUUCCCUUCAUUUUCCUAUCCCAUUUCCUUUCUUUAAUUUUCUUUCUCCUUCCCCAUCCCUUUUAUCUCUUUUUCUUCUUUUCCUCCCCCCUUCUCGCUUUCCUUCCUCCUUAAACCUUCCACCCCGCCUAUACCAAAUCUAUUUUUGAACCCUGAUAUCCACCAAAAGAAAAACAGUGUGUGUGUGUGUAACCCAUAGCAUACUUAGAUUACUUCAGCUUGCUAUAAGGAUUCAUAUAGCCAAAAUGUGCUACCUACAAUUCUCUCUAGAUUAUAGAUCAGCACCAAAAGAAAAACAUACAUAUGCAUACAUACACACACGCAUACACAUUACAAAUACACACACACACACACACACACACACACACACACUCACUCUCUCUCUCUCUCUCUCUCUGAAAAUACUGGCACUCAAGGUUUUCCAGAAGAUAACUUCUCCAUUUAUUGCGGAAAAAAAUUCGACGUUUCAGCUCAGUGUCCUGAUGAAAGCUCCCCAGUGGAGCUGAAACGGCAAUUUUUUUUUCCCGCAAUAAAUGGAGAAGUUAUCUUCUGGAAAACCUUGAGCGCCGGUAUUUUCACUUUGUUUAUGAUUAAGCCACCAGAGCACCAGGUACUAUUUUUUUUUUUUUUUUAUAAAUUCUUUAUUUUUCAGGUUUAGGUGAGGUAAAGGAUACAGAAUAAAGGUAGGGGUAGGGUAGUAGUGUCAUUCAAUGGCUUUACAGUUUUGUUUCGACUCAAUGGCAUUGGUACGAUUUAUUGCGAAACCUCAGAACAGUCUUCUAGGUUAAGUGGUACAGUUUUCUAUGUCUCAGGUGGAGGUUGUCACUUGGCUUCGGGUCCUGUCGUUUUUGUCUCUGAGAGCGUAUGUGGCUCUUCCUGUGUUGUGUUUGUCAGGUUUUGUCUCUUUCGUUUCUGUUUGGGUCUGGGGUUUGGGUUGGUGUGUCUGUUUUGAGUGCGGGUAGGGUCCGUGUGGGAGUUUGGUGGUCUCCGCCCAUGGGUGGUCGCCUCAUAUAGGCUGUAGAUGUGGAGGGUUUCCAGUGUGAUGAGAUCUGGGUCUACGCCUAGUGUCUGAGGUUGUCCUCUUAUAUUCGCAUCUACUGCUGGUGGUCAGGUUGUGCGGAGUGUGGUAUUUUGUUAAAUGUUGGGCGAGUUCCCCAGUCUUGUGUUUGUGCAUUGAAUCGUGAAGUUGGUGUGGGGGGGGGGGUAUGUGUAUAGGGUUGGGGGGGUCUAUGUGGGGUCCCAGUGUGUUAUUAGUAGGGGGUCUGGUUUUGGGGUGGGGAGGGAUCGCGGCUUGUUCCCGGGUCCUCCGCUUACGGUGCCUGUAGGUGGUGUUGGGUCCAUGGGUCCCAUAUCUUGUGGAAGUUUCGAGUUGUGUCGUGUAGUAGGGCGGACAGUUUGUCCAUUUCCAUUGUUUCUUGUGUUUUGUGGAUCAUCGUGGUUAGUUGGGGUGUAUUCUGAUUGCCCCAUUGUUCUGCUAUUGUUCUUCUGGUAGCUAACGCUAAUCUGGCCACUAGUUUAUUUUGCGCUCUGGUGAGGGGGGGGUGGGGUUUUGAGAGCAGCCAUAUCCAGGGGUCUCUUGGGAUAUCUGUUUCUAAUAUGUCUGACGCGAGCGUGCUCACUCUUUCCCAUAUUUGUAGGACUUGGGGACAUUCCCACCAGAGGUGAAUGUAAGUGCCCUUCUGUGUGCAGCCUUUCCAGCAGGUGUCUGUGGUGGCGAGGCCCAUUUGUUUCAGUCUGAGCGGUGUGAGGUACCAUCUGAGUAGGGUUUUAUAGGCUUGUUCUUUAUGAUUAACGCAAAUGGUAAGUGAGGCCGUGGCUUCCCAUAUGUCUGCCCAGUCUGUAGGGUCUGCGGGGGGGGCCUAUAUCUCUUUCCCAGGCCUUGGUGUAGGAGAGUGCGUCCUCUGGGGAGUUUGAGUUUAGGAGUGAGUAUAUUUUUGUGAUUUGUCCUUUCUGUAUGGGUGCGUGGAGGCAUGUAUUUUCGAAUUGUGUUGGUUUGGUAGUGGCGGCCGUCCUAUUUUGUGGUUCGUUGAGAAAGCUGCGAAUCUGUAUGUAGCGGAAGUGAUCGAAUGUGGUCAGGGGUGUUUGUUUGGGGAGGUCCUGGAAGGGGCAGAGUUGUUGGCCUUGGAAAAAGUGUAGGAAUCGUAAUAGUCCAUUGUCCUCAAAUCGUGAGAAGUCUUUGGGAGUUAGGCCCGGGGGAAAUUGCUUGUUUCUUAGGAUAGGUGUGAGGGGCGAUGGGUUGUUGAUUAUGGGAUGUUUUGAUGUGAUGUCGUCCCAAAUGAGAAAAGAUGUGGUUAAUGUAGGGGUGGUUAGUGGCGUGGGUGGUCUGUCCUUCUUGGGCAGCCAAAAAAGUAGUGAUGGGUGGUCUCGUCCCAGGAGAUCGUGCUCUAGGUCUACCCAGAGCUUGAAUCCUGGUGGUGCGUGCAGUUGUUGUAUUUGGGCCAGUUGGGCCGCUUGGUAGUAAUGGUAGAAGUUCGGGAGGCCCAGGCCUCCUGAUUUUGUGGUUUUGUACAUUGUGGAUCUUUUUAUGCGCGGUCUCCUGUUUGACCAGAUAAAUCUGUCUAUGUGUACCUGGAGCGUUUUAAAGUCGUGUUUGGAAAUGGGUAUUGGUAGUGUUUGGAAGAGAUAGAGGAAUCGGGGGAGGAGAUUCAUUUUUAUUGAGGCUAUGCGUCCUAUCCAGGAUAUGGACAUAGGUCCCCAUUUUUGCAGAUCUAAUUGUGCUUGGUGGAGUAGUGGUGUGUAGUUCAGGGCAUAUAAUGUGUUCAGGUCUGCUGGGAGAUAUGUUCCUAGGUAUCGUAUAUUGCUUAGGUUGUAUUUGAAUGGGUGGGUUAGUUGUAGUUGUUCCAGGGUGUGUUGUGGUAUUGCUAUCGGAAGGGCCUCUGUUUUCUCCAGGUUUAGUUUGUAUCCCGAGAGGGUUGCGUAUUGUUGUAGGAGUGUUAGUAGGGGUGGUAAAGAUUGGAUGGGGUCUGAGAGUGUGAGGAGGAUGUCGUCAGCAUAUGCCGCUAUUUUGUAUUCUUCUGAUCUUAUCUUAAUGCCCUGUAUUGUCUGAUCAUUUCGUAUGUUUUGGAGAAGAGGUUCAAGCGAAAGGGCAAAUAAGAGUGGUGAGAGUGGGCAGCCUUGCCUCGUCCCGUUUUUGAUUACAAAUUCUGGGUGUUUAGUAUUGGGGAUAAGAAGUGUGGCCGUGGGCUGGUCAUAGAGGGCUUUCAGGGCGUCUAGAAUGGUGGUCGGGAAUUUGAAUUUCUGGAGGGUGGCAAACAGGAAUGGCCAGAGCAAUCGGUCAAAUGCUUUUUCAGCAUCCAUUGAUAAGAGGAGGGUAGGGGACUGUCUUUUGUGUGUUACCCAGAUCAAGUCAAUUGUUCGUCUCGUGUUGUCUGCUGCCUGUCUUGUGGGGAUGAAGCCUACCUGGUCAGGGUGGAUUAAUUUCGGUAGGAGUAGUUGGAUCCGGUUGGCUAGGGUUUUGGUGAUUAUUUUAGUGUCUACGUUGAGUAGAGAGAUGGGUCUAAAGUGGCCUGGGUCGAGAUGUGUUUUGUCCGGUUUUGGGAUGAGGCAGAUGUUCGUUCUGAGCAUUUCUUUGGGGAGUGGGUUUCCUUGGAGGAGUGAGUUCCCUAGAGCUGUGAGGUGCGGUAUUAGUGUGCUUGCGUAUGUCUUAUAAUAAAGACCUGUGAAUCCGUCCGGUCCUGGGCUUUUGUUGGGUUUAAUGGUUUUUAGUGUGUUUGCCAUUUCCUCCGUCGUGAUAGGGGCAGACAGUCUUUCUAUCUCCGUAUUCGUUAGUGAUGGGAGAGGAGUGUUCCGGAGGUAUGUCUCGAUGUCAUGUGUUAGAGUUGGCGAUGGAUCGGGGUUGUGAUUAUAAAGUGUUGUGAAGUAUUGGGAGAAAAUCCUCGCUAUACUAUCCGGGCUUUCGUGUGUGCUUCCUCUCGGGGAGUUUAUUUUAGUAAUGCGUUUAUUGUGUGUUUUUUGGCGUAGUUUACGGGCUAAGAGGGUGUCUGCCUUGUUUGAUUUUUCGUAAAAGAGCUGUUUACUCCAUUGGAGGGCUCUUUGUGAAUCUUUGGCCAUGUAGGAUUUGAUGGCUUGUUGGUGGAUUUUGAUCUGUGUUAAGAUCGGUGGGGUUGGGUGUUGUUUGUGUUGAAUCUCUAGGGCUCUCAGCGAGAGGAGGUGGUCCUUCAGUUCCUGCAAUUUUUGCUUUUUGUGUUUUGUGGCCUCCGCUAUUAGUUUGCCCCUUAUGGUCGCUUUGUGUGCUGCCCAUAAUAUGCCUGUGGAUUCUACUGAGUCCUUGUUGAGUUGGAAAUACUCUGUGAGUGUCGUUUGGGUGGACGCCCUUAUUUCAGGGAUGUGUAGGAGUGUUGGGUUUAAUCGCCAUGACCAUGUUCUAGCUGUUUGUGGAAUUGAGAGUGUUAGGGUUAUCUCUGCGUGGUCGGACCACGUGAUCGUGCCUAUAGAUGUUGUAAUGUCUUGGGUUAGGAGGGACGGGGAUAUCAGGAACAUAUCAAUCCUAGAGUAUGAGAGAUGAGGGUGAGAAUAAAAAGUGAAGUCGAGGGUUGUGGGGUUUUGCAUUCUCCAUACAUCUUGGAGACCUGAGUGGAGUACAAAGUUCGAGAGUAGUUUGUCUAUUUUGGCUGCUGGGGUAGUUUUACCAGUACGUGUGGGUUGUCGUUGUCGGUCUGUUUGGGGGUUGAUGACCGCGUUAAAGUCCCCCCCUGUGAUCAUGUGGUGGGAGGGGAACAAUUUGAGGUGGGCCUGGAUGGCUGUCCAGAAGGACGGGUCUGGGUUGUUGGGGGCAUAUAGUGUAGUGAUCGCGUAUUUGUGAGUGCCUUGCUGUCCUGUUAUAGUGAGAAAUCUGCCUUGCGGGUCAGUUAUAGUGUUUGUGAAGCUGAUGGGGCAUGUGUUCCGGAUGAGUAUUGCCACUCCAUUACGUUUUCCGGUGGGGGAGUUUGCUAAGUGACAUUCUUUGUAGUGUCUGUUUCUGAGUGGGAAUGGUCUCGAGGUCUCAAAGUGUGUUUCUUGGAGGAGUAUUACGUCUGCUCCCGUUCUAUUGGCCCAGCGCAUCAGCUGGUGGCGUUUAGCUGGGUUGUUUAGGCCUUUGCAGUUGAGUGAAAUGCACUUCAUUGUGCUGAAAUUGGUUGGGGGUGUGGGUCUGUUUAGUGAUUUAGAUUGCGAAGGACCCGGGGUUUCUCGCCCGAUUGGUUCCCGGGGGGGGUGAGGGGGGGGUUGUGGGGAGUGGGGUAAAGGUAAGGGUUGUGGGGUUUUAGUAUCUAAAAAGGGGGUGAAGAACGGGGUGACGGUGUGCCCUGGUCUUACUAUAGGAUCGCCAGGUGGUGUUGGGGGGGUUGUAUGUGGUGCCUUAAGGGUUGGGGUAGGUGUGGUGUGGUCCCCUUGUGGGGGGUACUGUGGGUUGUGGUGAGGGAGAGAGGAGGAAGGUUUUUCACAUUCCCAGUACCCUCUCUCCCCCUGCACAAUUGCCAGUGUAUCACUCACGGUUGGUCGGUGGGUUCUUAGUCGGUUCGUUGUGUCUAUUCUUAAGGUGGUUUAUUGGUACGGGGUAGGAUGCUCCGUUUUCGGUCUUUCUUUCUUCUGUGUCAUAUGUGAGUCUGUGUUGUCACUUGUGAGGUUCGCUUGGAAGAGAAAGAAAAUAUAUUAACAUAUAUACAAGAAAAACAUUAACAUUUUGUAAUAAUUGUGGUUUUUGCCUCUGCUUAACCUGUGUGUUGACUUCCAGGGAAGUUAAUUAUCUUGGGUAACUGCCUAGAUGUGCCUUGUGUGGGUUUUCACUUAAUUCUAUCCCCCCUCUCCUCCCCUUCUACGUUUCUUUUUUUUUUUUAUUUAAACCCGGUUUCGUCUUCGUCCCACUCUUUCUUCCCCCUAUCCUGCUGUUGUCUUGUCCAUUGUAUGAUCAGUGUCAGUGUUAUGUGUGUGUGGUGUCCUUAGUCUGGGAGGGUGUAGUGAGUGUUAUUGUGUCUAGUGGUCCAUCUAGUCUGGAGUGUGAUUCACCCUCUUUCUUCUUGCUACUAGGCCCUACGUGGUCAGUCUUGUCUCUCCUUCUCUGCCUAAUCCCCCAUUACCCUCGUGGUAAUCAUGUUCUACAGUGUAGAAGAUUGCAAGAGUAAUGUCUCUAGAGUUCACGUAUUUUUCGUUUGGUUCUCUCUUCAGAUCCGAGGCGGUUUUGGAGUGGGGAUGUAUUUCACUGGGUCCGUUGGGUGUAAGGUGGUCAGGGCUCGGUGCGUUGGUGAUUUCUCCUCUGGUGUUGUUAUGAGGGUCAAGCUGUGUCCGUGAUGGUUUCAAAGGGGUACCGGUCCGGUAGUGCGGUGCGGGUCAGUUCUUGUAUGGGGGAUGUUUGAGAGUGUCGAGGGGGGACCUCUUGGUUUUAUCUCGGGGUGUGCCCCUGAGGGGGGGUUGCCAUGGGCUUGGGGUUCUCAUUGCUGUUGGUUCUGGUUCCAUGGGGCUGAUUCUUCGUGGUUAAGUUCCUCUUAUUUGGCGUCCGUCCUGUACUUCUAGCGGCCUGAGCGGUGCGGCGGGGAUUGUUCCCCUUGACGUCUAGCAGCGGUGUUGUCUUCUAUGGCGUGGGGGGGUCUUUUCUGUUUGGCCGGAUGCGGGGAUGCAGCCCUGUCUCUGGAGCGGUCUCUUCCCCUGUAUCCCGUUAGUGGUGUGGGAUUCUGGAGCUGAAUUCCUAGAGAGUCCGCCAUCGGGCCCAUUUCUGCGGCUGUGGUGAGGAUAUGGGUUUGGUCGCCUUUUUGACCAGCAGUUUAAAGGGGUGGCCCCAAGUGUAUUUUAGCCCCUGUUCUUGGAGGGCCAAGGUGAGGGGUUUUAGAUCUCUCCUCUUCUUUAAUGUAGUUGGGGCCAAGUCCUGGAAGAAGGUUAGGCGGACGUCUUUAUACUUGGGAGGGCGGUUUCUGGCUAGUUGCAUUAGUUUUUCUUUGGUUUGGAAGUAGUGGAGGCGGAUAAUUACGUCUCUUGGGGUAGAGAGGUUCAGAUUUGGGGGUCGUAGUGCUCUGUGAGCCCGGUCCAUUUCCAGGAGUGGCAGCGGUAGUUCGGGUGCCAUUGCAGAAAAGAUAUCUUUCAGGGUGGUGCUUAGGGUCUCUGGCUGGACUGCUUCGGGCAGGCCACGGAUUCGGAUGUUAUUCCUCCGUGAUCUGUUGUUAAGGUCCUCCAGGUUGUCCUCCAUGGCCGUGAGGCGGCCAUGGAGGUAGGAGAUUUCCUGGGACUGCGAGGUGGAGGUAGCUGUCAGUGCAGUGAGACGUACCUCUGUCUGGUCUGUGCGGGCAGUCAGUGUCUGUAUUUCUGUUCUGAGGCCUGCUAAAUUUCUAGUGAUCUCUUCUGCCACGUGGGAUUUUAUGUCCACUGUGGCCUCCUUUAGCAUGUCCCUGAGGCUCCCGAUGGUGAGGGGGGUCGAGGGGUCAAGUGUGGGAUCGGGCCCCUCUGAGUCAGUACCUUGAUCAGCUCCUUGAUCGGAGUGGGUAGGCCUCUGGGAUUCCCCCGGCGUGCGGAACAUGGAGGCUACCGACGGGGUGAGCUCUUCUUUCCUUUUCUUCCCGCCGCCCAUAUUGUGGAGCCUGAUGCUGGGUGGUCGCCUGGGGGCUGUUUGGAGGGUGUUUGGGCCGUGUGUGAUGCGGAUGAUGGCUGAUUCUGUGCCUGGGGGAGAGGGAGCUGUGGGAUCAGGCGUCCAUCUUCCUCCGAGGUUAGGCUCCGCCCCCACCAGGUACUAUUUUUAUUUCUCUAGUUGGAGUGCAUGGGUAUAUAUAUAUAUAUAUAUAUAUAUAUAUAUAUCUCCCAUAGCUUAUAUUGCUUUAGUUUGUUAUAAAAAUUCAUAUGGCUAAAUUAUGCUUCAUCCAAUUCUCUGGGGAAUAUAAAGGAUCAGGUCCUAAAAUAAAAGAAUAAACAAGAGAGGAAAAAAAAGUUUGUGGACCACAAAACAAAAAAACAAACUUAAAUUGUCACAGAAACUUUACUUUGUUUCUAUUUGGUAUACAAAUUUUCUGUGCAGAACAUUGAGCUCUUUUUACUGGUAUUUGCCAGGUGUUUCUCCUUUUUGCUCCGAACUCUCUUCACAGCACUGUGGCUAGGUAAAGAGCUGUAAGAUCAUUGUCCUCUUGUCCUUACUGCCUACAUCUGAUUACACUAAUUUUGGUAAGAGUAAGUGUUUAACCAUAUACAUUUAUUAUUAAAUAUCAAAGCACUAAAGCAGUUUUAUGUGUGUGUAUAAUGCAGAGUGUGCGCGCGUGUGUGUAUAAUGCAGAGUGUGUGCGCGCGUGUGUAUAAUGCAGAGUGUGUGCGCGCGUGUGUAUAAUGCAGAGUGUGUGCGCGCGCGUGUAUAAUGCAGAGUGUGUGCGCGCGCGUGUAUAAUGCAGAGUGUGUGCGCGCGCGUGUAUAAUGCAGAGUGUGUGCGCGCGCGUGUAUAAUGCAGAGUGUGUGCGCGCGCGUGUAUAAUGCAGAGUGUGUGCGCGCGCGUGUAUAAUGCAGUGUGUGUGCGCGCGCGUGUAUAAUGCAGUGUGUGUGCGCGCGCGUGUAUAAUGCAGUGUGUGUGCGCGCGCGUGUAUAAUGCAGUGUGUGUGUGCGCGCGUGUGUAUAAUGCAGUGUGUGUGCGCGCGUGUGUAUAAUGCAGAGUGUGUGUGCGCGCGUGUGUAUAAUGCACACACACACACUGCUGAUUGGCUGGAAUGUGUCUGCUGACUGUGAGGUACAGGGUCAAAGUUUACUCAAUGAGGAGUCCGCGGCGAACCGUUAGCGGCAUCACUAAAUGCAGAGUGUGUAUGUGACUAAUUUCCAAUUAAACUUUUAGCACAGUCAUAUUUGGUUGUGAUAAACUUGCAAAGUGGCAAUUCCUCUUUACGGGAAACGGAACUUGGCUUUAAAAAGCAGACACUUGGAAAAGAAUGAUCAAUUGUAAUGGACCGUUUUGCCCAAAAGAGGUUAAAAACCGUUUAGGCGAUAUUCCCCUUUUUCAGCUGCACCGACAGCUACUGCAAGCACCAAUCUCCUGAACUGCAAACCCACGAAUUCACCAACUCCUGAACUGCAGCCAAGGGAAUACUCGAAACUCCCGAACUGGAGACACACGAAUAGCUGCUAGCAGACGAACAGGAAAAGCCCCCAAGCGGCUUACACUCCUGGCAAUCAGUCUCUAACAGCAUACAGUAAAUCCUCCCCCAAUAAUGAGACGACACUUCACUUUGAGGGUUAAGCAGGAACUGAUUUACUGGGGCUAACUGCCCGGCUUUUAUGCAGGUCUCCCACCUGGUGGACACUCCCCUAGGGGACCAAAUGGGAGACUGGGACACAAAGGGUAAAAGGACCGAUCACAGACUUACACAUUUCAACCAUCCCACAAUGCAUCACAAUCCAUCCUCUCUGCUCUGGAGAGAAUUGAGAAGUCAUUCAAUUAUCUCCAAAGACAGAGGCAAAACUCCAUUAACCACAUGGCAGAAAACAAACAGUAAAAGACAUAAAAUUACCUACAGUUACAUUCAGUACAUAAAACAUAUACGUUCUACAUAUCCCCAGAUAGCUCAGGUCUGAGCGCACAUUAUUAAGCGAAUGGCGCUCAGACCACACGAAUACAGUUUAAUCGCCAUGGAGCCAAAGUCUUUACACAGUCAGUUUCAUGCGAAUGGGCUCCAUGGGAUUCCUAUCUGGGGUACAACACACUCAAACAAAUCUACCGAACACCUGGCAGAAAAAAGCACGAAUAAGUCUUUUCUGCAGGGAAAAAGAUGUCUUUUAACAUGGGGCCAUAGUCCAAAGGCAGCAGGCGAGCAACCAGGCUUCUCCAGUGUACAGUGGCGAGGUUGGUUUCACCACAUCAAUAUUGUAUAAAGAGUAGGAUCAGGGAUACAAUUAUAGUAGUUCAUUGUCAGUUAAGAUAAAACAGAAAAAUUAGAUGUUUAGAAUGCCAUUUUUCAACCACACAUAAGAGAUUUCCUGGAACUUGUGUUGUAGAAAUAAAGCUUGUAUUGUGUCUCUGGGUACAUUGGUGUGUAUCACUUUAUAAUUAAUGUUAAAAGGCUAAUUGUCUGCAUCUGCUGUCUCUCAUAAUAAAGAAUAAAUUUGUGAUAUCCUUUGUUUAAUCCAUAUUACUGAAAGCCCUGCUGUUAUAAAGCAAGUUCCUGUUCUUUAAGUGACUAUGAUUAAUUGUAUGUUAUUACACAAAUAUGUAGCCCAUGGCAAUACAGCAUAGAAUAAUAUAUGUUUAUAUGUAAAUAGUAUUAACCAAGAAAUUAAAAAAACAAAAAAAUUAAAUAGAAAUGGUUAAUCCCUGGUGGUCCAGUGGUGUGUACUAUGCAAGGGGGCUGGGGGCCGGCAGCAAGCUCUUACUUACAUGUACAGCCGCUCAGUUCAGCUCCCCUGUGUAAAUCUUGUGGCCUGCGUGCCACGCGGAGCUUUGCCACGGUAAACCGUGGCAAGGCUGUGAUGGCCGCGGGUCUUUUGAGAUUUACAUAGGGGAGCUGAACGGAGCGGUUGCACAUGUAAAUAAGAGCUUGUAAUGAUCCCGGCGGUCCUGGUCUGUAUUAUGGCAAUGUAAGUUGCCAUAAUACAGACGCUGGCUCGAGUAUAAGCCGAGGGGGGCUUUUUCAGCAGAAAAAAAAUUUGCUGAAAAACUAGUCUUAUACUCGAGUAUAUACGGUAACUUACUUUAAAAGUUCUUUUUUAUAUAUUCUGCUCUGUAAACUGAACUUUAAUUAUACACAGGCGGCUCCUGCAAGUUAUUAACAGAGCAGGAGAAAAUAAAUUCUAAAUGAAACAGAAUUUUCAAUAAAGGAAGUGUAAAUAUUAGAUAGUGUUACAGGAUGUUUUAAGGAAGGUUGUGUAAGUCCCAUGCAGGGAGGUGUGGCUAGGGCUGCAUAAACAGAAACAAAAGUGAUUUAACUCCUAAAUGGCAGAUAAUUGAACAGUGAGACUGCAGGAGCAUGAUCUGUACACCAAAAUUGCUUCAUUAAGCUACAGUUGUUUUGGUGACUGACUUUAAGGCAGUAAGUAACGGAUUCACUUGAUUCAGGAGACAUUGAGCACUACUAAAUGGAAAAAAUAUGGUGGUAAAACCUUUAAAUUAACUUAAAAUCAAUGCUGUUUUUAUUUUUUCCUUGAUUGAUUUUUUUCCCCCCCUAGAUUGUAGUGGUCCUAUUAUUUUAAUUGUUGACUCUAAGAAUCUUAUUACCAUAAUGGAUUCAAAAAGGAAUAUUGUGUUUUCCUUUUUUGUGACAUACCGUAUAUACUCGAGUAUAAGCAGAGUUUUUCAGCACAUUUUUUGUGCUGAAAACCCCCCACUCGGCUUAUACUCGAGUCACUGUCUGUAUUGUGGCAAUUUAGAUUUCCACAAUACAGACCAGGACCGCCGGGGUCAUUACAAGCCUGGCGGUCCUGUUGGGGGCUGACAGUGAGCUGUUGCUUACCUUCCUGCAGCUACUGUCAGCUCCGUUCUGCUCACAGUGUAAGUCUCGCGUAUACUCGAGUAUAUCCGGUAAUUGGAAAUGCCCACAUUUUUCUUUUUGUUUUGGAUCAGCAGCAUCAAAUAAUGUGUUACAAAGUUGGCCUUGUUGGACUUUAGUUUUUUUUUUUUCCCAACCGCGAUUACUAUGUAACUAUGCGAACCGGUCAAUAUACAAAGGGGAGUGGGUUAUUUAAUAAGAAAUGCCCCAAAUCGUUCAAGCUCUUGAAUUAAGUCUUGGCAAAAUAAAAAUAAAAAACCUGCAAAAGAGGGGCUCUUCCUCUUUAGUGAUAUCUGUGAAUAGAGAAUUUGGACUGUUGGACCUAGACGGUCAUACAGAACAAAAAAUAUUUUAUUUGAUAUAAGAAUGCUCCAAAUACCAUAACCACUAUAUUACAAUAGAAAUUGGCACUUUUAUAAAUUAACAUUGUUAUAUUCCUGGCAAUUAGGAAACUGGUCCUGUUACUUCCUGGUUAUUUAUCUCAAUGGGGCUAAACUAAAAAGACAAGCAAUUGUCCAGAGCACUUGUCUUGUAAAGACUUCUCAUUGAGCUGCCUUGUGAAGUGUAUGAUUGAACAGCCAUAGGGAUUUCUAGCUGUUUGUCAGAUCAGUUAGUGCUUUGUUACAAUGCUGCUGCCCAUCAUAUUCGUUCCCUAUUAAAGGGAAACUCCAGGCAGCCCUUUUUACUCCUUGUUCCAGCGCUGGGAGCCUCGUGAAGCCUCGCCCCCUAUUUUGGCAAAAUGACGAAAUAGGCGGGCGAGAGCAGGGAGCAAUCAGACGCUUCCAUUCGGAAGAGUCAUUGCUCCUUGGUGCAAUGGUCAUACUUCAUAGGGCGGCAUUCUGAGUGACGGCCACUGGAGGUGGUAUUAUCAACCAAUGUAAACACUGUAUUUUCUCUGAAAAUACAGUGUUUACAUUAGAUUGCCUGCAGGGAGCUAUAGAGCUCACCCGAACAACUACAUUAAGCUGUAGUUGUUCAGGUGACUAUAGUGUCCCUUUAAGGGUUAAUAAGCAUGUAGGGAUGUAUAUAAAAAACACCCCUUUUUGUAUCAUUAGCGAUAUCUCUGCCAGAAGCUCAAGGAAGUAAGGUGAAUGGUUAGUGUUAGGACCCACCUAAGAGGUCUGUCUGCCUUGAUGUGGCAGGUGGGCAUAUCCUCUCAUGGCCAUUGGAGGUAACUAAAAACCUCCAUUUGUUUAAAUAUACAUAGGGAUUUGGCAAAGAGUGCAGGUAACUUUCCCCUUUGGUUUUUACUGUAUGUAUUUGAGCUGAUGUAUACUAUGGUCGUUGCUGCCGCCCAGGAGUAAUGAGAGUUUGAGCGCAGGACUUGUUUUUUUGCAUUCGUAACUUGUGACUUUGUGUUUAUGACCAAUGCUGUUAAAUAUUAUUACACAGAUGGUGGUAAAAACGUUUAUGGAUAUGGACCAGGACUCAGAAGAUGAGAAACAACAAUAUCUCCCUUUAGCCUUGCACCUUUCAUCUGAAUUCUUCCUCAGGAACCCCAACAAAGAUGUUCGCUUACUUGUUGCUUGUUGCUUAGCUGAUAUCUUCAGAAUAUAUGCCCCAGAAGCACCAUACACCUCUCAUGAUAAAUUAAAGGUACGAUCUGAUUAAACUUUUGUAGUAUAAAUGUUUACCAUUUUUUCCUCAACUGUCAAAUUUAAUUGGCAUGGUAAAUGAAAGUGGAUGAACAAUAUAAUGCAAUGCUAAUUUCGUAAGUCUGAAAAUACUGGCUGAUUUUCUACUUUCUGUUAAACCACAGCUAGAGGACUGCAACUUACAUUUGGUGUACCGUAUAUACUCAUGUAUAAGUUGAUCUCGUGUAUAAGUAGAGUGCAGUUUUGUGACCAACAAUUGUGAAAUAUGCUAUGCCUCGUGGAUAAGUCGAGGGUAAAACUUGGGGCUAUGAAAUUCUGGGAUUUUUAUAAUUAUAUACACACACUCAUACAAACACACACUGCAUUAUAUACAAACACACACUCUGCUUUAUAUACACACACACACUGUGUGUUUGAAUGCAUAGUGUGUGAAGGGAGGGGGGAGGGCAUUUUUAUUUUAUUUAAAUUAUUUUUUUUUUAUUCCCGCCUCUGCUUGUUAACUGGUCAGGGAGGGGGGCUAUCUUAAUCCCUGGUGGUCCAGUGGUAUGGGCUGUGGGGUGGGGGGGGGGGGUGAAGCCGGCAGCAAGCUGUUACUUACCUUUGUAGCAGCUCCGGUCAGCUCCCUUCACCUCCGUGCAGUCCUGGUCUGUAUUAUGGCAAUGUAAGUUGCCAUAAUACAGACACUGACUCGAGUAAAAGUCGAGUGGGGCUUUUUAGCAAAAAAAAAUGUGCUGAAAAACUCGACUUAUGCUAGAGUAUAUACGGUAGGUGUUUGCUUGUGUUUUUAUUUUUAUCUUGUAGAUCUGCAUGUUAUUAUACAUAAUAUAUAUUUUUUAUUUUUUUUAAUUUCCCAUCUCUCAAGGACAUUUUCUUGUUUAUAACAAGACAACUGAAAGGCCUGGAAGAUACAAAGAGUCCACAGUUCAACAGAUAUUUUUAUCUACUGGAGGUAAAAUUUCUUUGUUUUUAGGGUAUUUUUUCUUUUCAUUUUAAACCUUAAUGUGAGGGGGGAAAAUGACUUGGAGAGGUGUUAACCAUUGUUAAUGGACUACUUUAAAGAGACACUAUAGUCACCAAAGCAACUUUAGCAUAAUGAAACGGUUUGUAGAUCAAGUCUCACUGCUCAAUGUUCUGCUAUAAAUCUUUAUACAGCUAAAGUUGCUUUGCUUAGGUACUAGUGUCCCUUUACGCAGCAUAACCCUUCUCUCUAUCUCUUUUCCCAGAGUGGUAUAUAACUGCAGCAUUUUGUAAUAAUUGCUGCAACUAUAAUUCUACUCCCUGGAUCAAUGAUGUCCAAAUAUGAAUAUUUUUUCCUUCUUAGCCAUUAAACAUCCAUCCUACUGGAGCAUGAAGUAUGUACAUUUCGCACACACACUUCGGACAGUGAUCUCACACCGCUCCUCUACCUCUGAAGAGUGUCCAAGCUAUGACGUGUAGUAGGCAGCUUGGAUUAUUUGUGCUCUGUUUGUGAACUGGGGUCUGGUAUUCUGAUAGCAGUUGUGGCUAGAUCGCUAAGAUAGCACCAUCCUAUUUGAGGAGUAGAACUGAGGUCCUGGAUCUGCAGCUGGAACCAUGUAUCUAAUAAUUCUCUGCUGGAAAAUUAAAAUCUCUUCAAAAAAGAGACUAGGAUACUUUCAUUGUAAGGACUGCUUUGGUAAGGGUGUGCCUGCUGCAGUAUGAUGGUGUUCAUGUGCCACAGUCUUAGCUUUUGCGUAAGUAACGGCAAUUGUUCUGUUUUUUUAAUUAAUUUUUUUUUUAACCUUUUUAGAAUUUGGCAUGGGUUAAAUCGUAUAAUAUUUGCUUUGAAUUGGAGGACUGCAAUGAAAUAUUUAUUCAGCUUUUUAAGACACUCUUCUCUGUUAUCAAGUAAGUUGAAUAUCAUUAACAAAAUUUCUAUGUUUUUAAUAUAAUUGCAAUAAGCUGUACAUUUCAUAGUUUUCAAAUGUGAGGUGCAGCUGUUUGUAUUAUAUGAAUAUAAAAUUAAAUUGCUGUUGUGUGUAAAACUUGUGUGUGUAUAUUAUGUGUAAAAGAUUGCACUGGCAUCAGCGGGAAAUAUUUACAAAUAUUCCUUAAAGGAACACUCGAGUGCCAGCGUUCUGACACUACAUGUCUAAUUAGCCCCCUUUACCACAGGUUAAGGCACUCACCUUUUCCAGCACCGUGCAGGUUUGGUCACGACUAGCUCCACGCUCCGCCCCCUGGCUGAGAUCCUCAAACUAGAUGAUUUCAGCCAAUCCAAUGCUUUCCCAUAGGAAAGCCCAGGAAACACCUCUAGGGGCCAUCUAAGUGACUGCCACUAGAGGUGUGACUAAGCAGUAAUGUAAAUGCUGCCUUGUCUCUGAAAAGGCAGCGUUUACAUUAAAAUGCUUGCAUGAACAUACUAUACAGUAUAACAACUACAUUAAGCUGUAGUUGUUCUGGUGACUAUAGUGUCCCUUAACUCCUUAAGGACACAUGACAUGUAACCUGUCAUGAUUCCCUUUUAUUCCAGAAGUUUGGUCUUUAAGGGGUUAAAGCACUAAAACUUACUUUUUACUAGCUGACCUCUGCAGCUAAUUGUUUGUCCAGCAUUGACUUUCUUCUUCGUUCUGGGCUUUGUUUACGCAAAUGCUUCUCAAAGUUUAGCAUUGAAGAAAUCUCUAGUGCAGUGGUUGACAACCUCCAUUCUGGCAAAGCAUCAGUGAAGCUGAAGUCCACGAUAUCUGCAGUGCCUAAGCCUAGAUCUAGAACAUAGCUUGUUCUCUUUGCAUGGUUUUAUUAUACUUGGUUUAAAAAAACAAACCCUAAAAAUUAAAAGGCUACAUAUUUUUGGGUUUUUGAGUGUUCAUUUUUGUGUCCUUUGGAUCAACCGCAAAACAUGUGAAAGACUGAACUUGAUGGACGCAAGUCUCUUUUCAGCUAUGUAAGUAUGUAACUGUAAUGUUUUAGAAACCUGUAGUCGACUGAAAACCUGAGAGUGGUUAGCAAGUGUUUCUUACUAUUCAAUUAUUUAGAUUUUUUUUUUUCUGCUCACCAACUUCAGCCAUAAUCUAUCUGAUCAUGAUAGAACAUAAUACAUUUGAUGUGCCUCGUGAGUUUGUUUUUUGUUUUUGUUUUUUUCUCUCCCUUUCUUUUCAUGUGACUUUUGCUCUUCGAUGGGAAAUGGGGCUUGAAAAUGACCUGAUUUUACUUUUUUUAAAUGAAUGUCAGGGAGAGAGUUACAUUGUCUGAGAGCCAGGUAGCGGAAGCUUUGACACUCAUCCAGUAAUGAGCAGCCUUUUGCCGGGGUUGCCGGGGUUAGCAUGACACCAGAAGCAAAAGUUGUACACAUCUGAUAUUGCUGGCCCUACAUAUUGUAAAAAUAGGUAUUUAUUGCGAGAUUAAAACAUUUAAAUAGGGCUGCAGGGACAGCAUUUGGCACUAGAAUAGCUUCAGUAUGACAAAGUUGUAUCAGUGCUUAGUG